ACAUUCGUUGUUGUGUUGACUGUUGACUAGUGUUGACAUAUAUUUGAAAAUAGUUUCUAUGAAACGGUUUGUUUUGAAGUAAAAUUAUUUAAGUUUGAUUUAAUGUAAAUAAUAAACAAACUAUCUGAUUUAGUCACAGAAGUAGCAACAUAUUUAAAUUUAUUGGUAUUUAAAAUAUUGUCACAGAAUCAUGUCUGAGAAGAAAAUGGAUAAAAAACCAAGUAGAACUUCGAUAUUAAAACCAAGAAAAAGUAUAAACCAGUCUGAUGUUAAUGAUUCUAACUGUGAAAUUGUUCCUGCCAGAGAUGCUAGACGAGUUAGUUUUGCAAGUAGCAAUUUUGUCAAGCCAUUUGUUGCUGAUCCCGAAAAAAAUACUAUUUGGGAUAAUACAUAUGAAGAAGAGGUAAAUCAUACAGAUUCAACAAGUGAAACUAAAGGAUUUUUGGAUACAAAUUCUGUAAGUGCACUCACAUUUAAUGAUGAGAAUCAGGAAGUUAGAGCAGAGCCAUUUUUUGUAAUGACACAAAAUACUUCAGUUCGAUCUGUGAGUAUUAACACUACAAAGAUUGAUGAAUGCAACAAAGAAAAUUAUGUACCAUCAAUACUGAGGAAUCCAUUUGUUGCAGAAGGUAGUAUACAUGUUAAUGAGAGUGUAUUUAAAACGGAAACCAGGACUUCAGAAAUUCAAUUUACAGAUUUAAAAGGUAUGCAAACUCAAAAUCAGGAAAAUGCUAUGGACCUGACGUGUAUGCCAAAUUUUCCACUAACUUCAAAUUUAUUUUAUACAAAUACAGUAAGAAAGUUUGAAUCUGACAACAAAGAAAACAUCGUUGAUUUAAAGCAUAUUCCUAUAAUUCCAGAUAAUAAUUUAACAAAUGUAUUAUCAACAACCAACAAUACUCUAGCAGAAACCCUCAAAACCAUGAAACCAGUAGAUAUCAUACCGAAGGUUCCAGAAUUUUCUCAAAAUUCAGAAGUAUUUCGAAAAAAUCAGGUCCAAGAAUUAUAUCAUGUCAAUACUGUAGCCUGUUCAGAUAUGCAACUCACUUGUACCCAUCCAAGAGAAGAUAUUCCAGAAAAAGAUUUUGAUAAUUCAGAAAUUAGUAUGGAAAUUACCUCGGACAUACUCGUAGAUGAGAGUAUGAAAAAUGUUGGAAAUUCAGGAACGACCAUGCCACUCAGACAAAUAGUUUCGACAAAUGAUAAUGGUAAUAUUCUUGAGAGAUCUUUAGGAAAUCAAGAAGUAAACCUUAGUUAUUCUAAUAAUAUGAAUAUUGACACGAGCAUGCAAAUCACUUGUGCUAUUCCAUGCGCGGAUCAAACAAUUUCAAGUAAUAUAAAUGAUACAAAAAUAGAUAUGGAUACUAGUAUGCAGAUUACGUGUGUUUAUCCAGAAUCUAACAAAAUUGUUAAAAGCAGUGUAUAUGCAAGUGGGAAUUCUGAAAAAUCUUCAGGGAAUACUACCAAAAACAAUAUUGACACCAGUAUGCAAUUUACAUGCGUUUUACCACCCACUAGCCAAAUAAUUUCGAAUCAUAUAAAUGAUCAUAAAAAAAAUAUAGAUACCGGUAUGCAGUUUACUUCUAUUUGUCCAGAAACUGCUAAAAUGAUUGAAAAUCCUGCAUUUUCAGAUGUUGGUUGUAAUAAAUCGUAUAAGAGCAAUACCAAUACGAAUGUUGACAACGGUAUGCAAUUAACCUGCGUUUUUCCACCCACUGGUCAAAUAAUUUCAGAUCAUAUAAAUGAUACAAAGACAGAUAUGGAUAAAAGUAUGCAGAUGACUUGUGUUUAUCCAGAUACUAGUACAAUCUUUAAAAACUUUGCUGAUUUGGACAAGGAAAAAUCUUCUGAGAGUAUUACAAGUAAGAAUAUUGACACCAGUAUGCAAUUGACUUGUGUGUUUCCACCCACUGGUCAAAUAAUUUCAAAUCAUAUAAAUAAUACAAAAACAGAUAUGGAUAACAAUAUGGAAAUGACUUAUGUUCAUGCAAAUAGUAAAAUCAUUAAAAACUUUACUAACGUGAUCAAUGAAAAAUCUGAGAAUACUACCAGUAAGAAUAUUGACACGAGUAUGCAAUUUACCUGCGUUUUUCCACCCUCUGGUCAAAUAAUUUCAAAUAAUAUAAAUUGUACAAAAACAGAUAUGGGUAACAAUAUGCAGAUGACUUGUAUUUAUCCAGAUACUAGAAAAAGCAUUACAAACUUUGCUAAUGUGGGCAAUGAAGAAUCUAAGAGUACUACUAGUAACAAUAUUGACACGAGUAUGCAAUUUACCUGCGUUUUCCCACCCCCUGGUCAAAUCAUUUCCAAUAAUAUAAAUGAUACAAAACCAGAUAUUAAUACCAGUAUGCAGAUGACUUGUAUUCAUCCAGAUACUAGAAAAAGCUUUACAAACUUUACUAAUGUGGACAAUGAAAAAUCUAAGAGUACUACUAGUAAGAAUAUUGACACAAGUAUGCAAUUUACCUGCGUUUUUCCACCCUCUGGGCAAAUAAUUUCAAAUAAUAUAAAUGAUAAAAAAGCAGAUAUGGAUAACAGUAUGCAGAUGACUUGUGUUCAUCCAGAUACCAGCAAAAUCAUUAAAAGCUUUGUUAACGAGGGCAAUGAAAAACCUGAGAGUAUUACCAGUAAAAAUAUUGACACCAGUAUGCAAUUUACUUGUGUGUUUCCACCCACUGAUCAAAUACUGUCAAAUAAUGUAACUGAUACUAAAAAGGAUAUGGAUAAUAGUAUGCUGUUAACUUGCAUUUAUCCAGAAACUGGCAAAAUUAAUAAAAAGUCUGCGUAUGAUGCUGUGGGUUGUGGUAAAUAUUCUAAGAGUACUGCCAGUUCGGAUACUGACACCAGUAUGCAAUUUACCUGCGUUUUUCCACCCACUACCCAAGUAAUGCCAGAUAAUAUAAGUGAUAUUAAAAAAUCCAGUUCGCAUUUGGUUGGUAUUUAUCCAGAAACUGCUGAUAAUAAUAUUGACAAUUUUUCACGUACUAACAAAAUGGUUCCACAUAAUAUAAAUCAUAACAAUAAGGAGAUUGAUACUAGUAGGCAGAUUAGUUGCAAAUAUCCAGAAUCCGACAAAAUUCUUAAAACGUCUCCAAAUAAAAACAUCACUACUAAAACUUCUGAAGAUAAUACCAAUAAGAGUGUUGACACCAACAUGCAAUUAACCUGUGUGAUUCCACAAGCUAAAGCAGGCAUUUCAGAUAAUGACAAGUCUUAUAUUGGAACUGGAAAUUGUGAAAAUUCAAAUAUGCAAUUAACCAACGCAAUUCACAAUGAAAUUAUGCAUAAGACUGCUGUAAACAUUGCAACAGACACAUCUAUGGUUAGCAAGAGAAAUAUUAAUGGAACAUUGUGUGAUAUGACUAUAGAUCAAACAGCUGGCGUACAAGCAACAUUGUGCGACAUGAGUAUUGAUGAAACACAUAAUUUAGAAGGUAUAGCAGUCACUUAUGUCGUUUCCAAUGACGGUACCAACCAGAAAAUAAUAGAUAAUCCUAGCAAAAGUGAGUGCGACAUGAGUAUUGAUGAAACACAAAAUUCAGAAGGUAUAGCAGUCACUUAUGUCGUUUCCAAUGAUGGUACCAAUCAGAAAACAAUAGGUAAUCCUAGUAAAAAUGUGACCACUGGAAAUGGUACAGUUAUUACUGACAGAGUUGAUAACGUUAUACCAAAUAAACAGGUAAAUGAUGAAAGAUAUUUUGUACCUAUUAAGAAAACUAAAUUUGCAGAUGAACUAAAAACAGAUAUAAAUAUUUCCUAUACUGACCAACAACAUACAGGAGUUGAUGAAUAUAAGAGAAAAACUCAAGAAAAAUCUUUAGAAGUUGGAACAAUAUCUAAAACCGAAACUAAAAAGUCUUGUGAAGAAGAUAAUAUGUGUAACGAACACAAAAUCUCUACAGACAUUGAAGAGACCAAAGACAAUUUUGCGGUCACUGAAAUCAAAGAAAAUAUGGUGUCAAAAAUAAUAACUAGAUCUAGGACCAAGUUUCUUAAAUUUCGUGAAGAAUUUAAUUCAGCCAAACGGAAACAGGAUAAUACAACCACAAAUUUAACAGAAAUUAAAGACAGUUCAGUACUUACUCAAAAUAACGAAGAAGAGAUCCCAAACAAAAACGAUUUGAUAACUCCAGUAGAAGCGACGACAAAUGCUCGAAGUAAAGAUCUUCAAUUUUGUGAAGAUUUUAAUUUAAAGAAACGUGUAGAGUUGGUGAAUAACGUUGCUGAAGACAACACCAACGCGAACAUUCUUAUUGGAUCGUCACAUGUCGUAACCAGGUCUAAGCAUGCAUUGCCACAACCUAGUGAAGAGUACAAUUCAAAAACAAAUAAAGUAAAUAAUAAAUUGAAUAAUUUGGAAGAAGAUAGAGAAAUAAAUUUAAUAACAGCUUCAGGAAUUGUAACUAGAUCUAGAAAUAAGGUAUUGAUAUCGUGUGAUGGUCUUGGGCCGAAAUAUGAAGAUCGGCAUAAAAAUGAUAAUAAAAAUAUAAGAAAAAACUCUAGUUGUAUUCAAUAUCUAAGGGGUGAUCAUAUGCCAUUGCCCAAUAAUGACACAAUGGACGAGACUAUUAAAACUAGUAUGACAAGAUUAACAAGCUCGACAGAUAAAGAAUUUCCCUCGACUGGGGAAAGUAGGUUAAAACCCACAGAAAAAGAAAAAAUACAUGCAGAUCAUCUAAUAAUUCCUAAAAUACAACAAGAGUUUGGUCCUAAUGAUACAACAUUAACGGUAUAUGAGUCAUCUUUGUUAAAAGAAACUACGGUGAAUUCAAAUGAUUAUCAAAAUACUCACGAAGCAAAAUCUAUAAUUUCUACAAACGAUCGAAUAACCAAUAAUUUUCCGAAUCGCGCCAGUAGUGCUGGUAAGCCAGCUUUUUCAUUUGACAUUUGUCGUAGCAGUACUUUAGUAAAUAGAAGUGAUAUCAAAGAUGAGAAUGAAAUAGCCGGGACCUGUAACCUCAAUAAAGAAAAGAUAAUGCGAUUAAAUUCUGAUGUUUUACGAAUAGACGAUGCAUCUUCAUCAUUCGCUUUGAUGUUAAGUAAUAGUCCUUGUCUUGAAUAUCCAGGGAAAAAGAUUUAUUCCACAUGCACUAGACCUCGAUUUAGCUUAAACAGAGAUGAAAGCACUACUGAAGAAUAUUCCAGAAAUGAAAUAAAUCCAGUCCGAUCAAACGAAGAACCAAAAGAACCAAAUGCUAAUAUGCAGUCGGCACCAAUUAAAAAUUCAAGUAACACUCCGAAAAACAAAAGCUUGCUUUUAUGCGACACUAGCCCCAUAAUCGUGGAUAUGACCAUUGAUGAUGAAUAUAUUCAAGAGACUGAAAAAUCAAUUAUAGAUAAACUUGAAACUCGCCUUUCAAACUCUUUUAUGCAGCCCCCUUCAGAAUACAGUCGUUCUCUGGAAAAACUUUUAAACGAAUUUAAACAGUGCUUAACUAUGCCAAAGUUGGAAAUUUCGGAAAUUGACAAUAAUUUAAUCAAAAAAUUAGAUGACGCUUCGAAGAAAACGGAACAAUUAUUAGAAAAUUUAAAUAUUUACAAACGAGAUGUUGUAGAUUUAGAAGAAUUGGACAAAUUAGAAAACUUUGGAAGCUCUAGUACCAGCAGGUUUAGCGAUGAGAUUUUAAGUGCAGACUUUGUCAGCAAUAAUACUGGAGAAGAUACGGGAUGGGAUGAUAUGACAGUGUCUAGAAGCUUAGAAGAUAAAAUAAAAGAAGCAGCUUCAAGGUCUGAGAAGUAUUGGCAAUUUGUAAAAGCAGAUGAUGAGUUUUAUUAUUUUUAUACAUAUUAUAGAUUAGUUCCAUUUAAAGUAAAAGCGCAUCCAGAUUCAGGAAUUGUGGAUAAAAUUUAUACGUAUACUAAUUUAAUAGAUAAUGCCAAACUACUUUCUUGCUACAACUCGAAAUUUUUGCUGGAAAAGUUGAAAUACGAGAACUUAUUACUAGCUCUCGGUGGAAAAUUUGAUCUCCUCACUUUACUUGAUUACGUCUCUAUUUGCAUGGAAGAAGUAAUUGAUUUUUCCACGGAAUUUAGGACGUUAGAAACAGAAUAUGGCCCAACUCACAAGUUGAGAAUGAAUUCUGAGUCAAGCGUUUGUGUCGAAAUAUUACAUAUUAAGUACGUCAUAUGGUGGGUCAUUACUAUGCAACUUUCAAUACAUAAUUUAGGAAGUAUAGACGAUAUUAAAGCAAGCCAUAUUUAUGCAGAAGUUGAUGAAAAGCAGAUUCAGAGUCUAGGGAAAAAUUUUUCUGGGUGUUUGCAGCUCAGAAAUUUCAUUAUAAACUUGAAUCAGCACGUUGAAAAAGUGGGCAAAAGGAUUUUAGCUUAUAGGAAGAAUGAGUUACUGACGUAAAUUUUAUAAUAAAUAAAAACUAUUAGGUGUUAAAUUGUAAAUAGAUAAUGAUAGAAGGCCCCUGGGAAAAGAAAAGAUACAGUAUUUUUCAUUUAUUUAUUUAAUGUUAUCCGGACCACUGAGGUUAUAGACAGCAACAAUGGAAAAUACAUAUUAAAACAAAGAAGGGUUAUAAUAUUAACCCAUAAAAGCCUGAAUUAAUUUUUUAAGUAGUAGCAACCUUCGCAGUAUAAUAAUUAUAAAAUCAGAAAAGAGUUUGAAAUUGUAUUUUUUGUAUAAAAAUAAAAAGUAUAAGAUCUAAAUCGGUGAACAGACUUACUGAACUAGAUCAAAUUGGGCUUGCUUAUCACUAUAAUAAAACUCAGAAACAAUACAUACUUUGAUAAAAGGUUUUAAAACAUUCUUAAUGAAAAAAAAAACAGUAUUUUAACGAUCUUUUUCCAUGGACCUUCAGUGAUAAAUAUAUAUAUUUUACAG